AUGGCGACCCUGGCGGAGAAGCUCGAGAAGAUCAAGUCUCCAAAGCUGCAGAAUCAACACCAUACCGCUGUGGUGCUUUCUGCCGUGGAGGAUACUCUACGUGAUCAAAAGGCAGACUUUUCCCCGACAGCUUAUUUCGCAGCCCUUCUGGCGCUGUUGACGCAGUCUGUGUCGGCCACGCAAGGCAUUGUCAACAAAGACCUUGCAACUUCUGUCGUCUAUCUCCUCGAUCUCACAACCUCUUACGUCCCAGCGCCCAUCCUCCGCUCGAAAUUCUCUCACAUCCUCACCAGCCUCGCGCCCGCUCUGUCCCUGCCGGAAGUCGAAGCCCCGCUCCUUAGACCCUCAAUCGGCUGCCUCGAAUCGCUGCUUAUCGCCCAGGAUGCGGCCUCGUGGAACCUCCCUCACACCCAGGUCGGCCCGCGACGGGCGAUCGCGGGAUUGUUGAGUCUGGCUGUGGAUCACCGACCCAAGGUCCGGAAGAGGGCACAGGAUGCUCUCAUCAAGGUCCUCAAGAACCCGCCUCCCAGCCCGUCGCUCGAUCACCCCGCGGCAGAUAUGUGCGCGGAGACCGGCAUGCGCACACUCGGUGACAGUAUUGCCGUCGCAGCAAAGAGCAAGCGGGGCCGUCAUGAUUCGCAGAGUCGGGAGAGCAGCGAUCCUUUGGUUAUUCACUCUCUGCAGCUGGUGAAGACGCUGGCGAUCGCAUCUGGAGGAUGGCCGAGCAAGAAGAUCGAGCCGCUCUGUGAGCUGUUGAUGAAUGCAUCCCGGUCCAGCAACGAAUAUAUUACGAUGGGUGCUUUCGAGGUCUUUGAGGUUAUUUUCUCGAGCAUGGCAGACGAUUUUUCGUCGUCGAAGCUGCCCCGUCUUUUGGAGGCCAUCUCCGAGCUCAAACCCGCUCAGAACGACUCGCAGCUGCUCCCGCCAUGGAUCGCGGUCUUGUCGCGGGGAUAUGAUGUGUCCGCCCAGAUCAACCCGGAGGAUACUUUCGAGAAGCUUCCGGCCCUGUUCAACAUGAUUUCCGGUUACCUUGCGUCUCCUUCGAGCAACAUCCGAGUUUCCGCGUCAGAAUGCUUGAUCUCGUUCUUAGCCAACUGUGUCCCCAAGAGUGUCAUUAUCGACCCGUCGGUUUACGAUGAGAAGACCCUUGAGAAGCUUGCCAAAGCCGCGACGGACCUUCUCUCUGUGAAAUACCAAGCAGCCUGGGCCGAAGUGUUCAAAGUCUGCUCCGCUAUGUUCGAGAGCUUCAAGUGGCGGUCGAGCCCAUUCCUCGAUAGCAUCGUCAAGACGGUCGGAGAUCUUCGCAGUAACGAGUCUUUCCAUGGAAAGAAGCAGGCCGACGAGGUCCUCGGCAGCGCCGUUGAAGCCAUGGGCCCCGCCGCCGUGUUGGAAAUUCUUCCUCUGAACAUCAUCGAGCAAAGGAAUGGUCAGCCUGGCCGCGUUUGGUUCCUGCCAAUCCUCAGAGACAGCGUCUCUAAUACCAAUCUCGCUCAUUUCCGAUCAGAGCUUGUUCCUCUUAGCGAAGCCCUUUAUCAGAAGGUGGUGGAUUACGGGUCUGCGGAGAAGAGCGUUGAGAUGAAGAUCUUUGAGACACUCGUGCAGCAGACCUGGGCUAUCCUUCCUGGCUACUGCGAACUUCCGCUGGACCUCGUUGAGGCCUUCGAUCAGAGCUUUGCAGAGCUCCUGUCGAACGUUCUCUACAAGCAAACCGAGCUGCGAGUCGACAUUUGCAACGCCCUACAGACCCUGGUCGAAUCAAACCAGGCCAUUCUCUCCAUCGAGUCAGAGGAAGACGAUCUGAUUCUCCAGAGAAGAAUCACCAAGGCUGCGGCGAAGAAGAACAUCGAUCAUCUGGCUGGUUUUGCAAGCAAUCUCCUGGCUGUGCUGUUCAACGUGUACAGCCAGACACUCCCACACUACAGAGGGUAUAUCCUGCAAUGUAUCAAUGCUUAUCUGAGCAUCACACCCGAAAAGGAGCUCAAUGAGACCUUCACCCGAGUUACCUCUAUGCUCGAGUCAUCGGUGGUUUCGGAGCAGGAAGCAGCCAAGCAAGGCAAUCAGCAGACCGGUUCGGGAGACAAGAUGCCCCCUACUUCUCACACACUCAUUGAUCUGGUCAUUGCUAUGUCGAUCUACCUGCCUCGCACCAGUUUCCAAAGCCUAUUCGCUAUCGCUGCGGCCAUCCUGAACGGCCAGACGGCUGACCAGCAAUUGAUCAAGAAGGCCUACAAGCUGAUCCCCCGUCUGGCCAGCACGGAAACCGGUCGCACCGCUCUGCUCGAGCGCAGCGCGGAGCUUCAGGCCCUCAUCCUCGCUACAGCCGACAAGACACCCGCCUCUGCCCGUCGGGAUCGUAGCAUGGCGAUCUACGAGCUCAUCACCUAUCUCCCAACAUCCGACCUGCACUUCAUCCCGUCCAUCCUCUCCGAGGUCGUUCUGGGCUGCAAGGAGAGUAACGAGAAAGCUCGGACUGCCUCCUUCGACCUUCUCAUUCACCUUGCUAAGAGAACGACGGAUUCCGAACGGAAUCCUCCUGGCACCAAGAUCCGUAACUCUCUGGUGCCACACAUGCCCGACGAUGCGCCGGACGCCCCGGCGACCAUCGAGGAGUUUUUCACCAUGGUCUCUGCUGGCCUGGCCGGUAGCUCGCCGCACAUGGUCGCUGCGUCCGUUACAGCGCUCUCUCGCCUCUUCUUCGACUUCCACACUGAGAUUGAGCCUGCUGUGCGCGUCGACCUAGUACAGACCGUGGAGCUCUUCCUCACCAGCAACAACCGGGAGAUUGUCCGCUCCGUCCUCGGCUUUGUAAAGGUCGUCGUAGUCGUCCUCCCCGAUGAUAUCUUACGCCCCCGCCUGAACACUCUGGUCCCCAACCUCAUGGUCUGGAACAAGGAGCACAAGGGCCGUCUCCGCGCCAAGGUCAAGGGUAUUCUAGACCGCCUGAUUCGUCGCUUCGGUGCACCUCUCGUGGAGGGCUUAGUCGGCGAGGCCGACCGCAAGCUGGUAGUCAACAUCCGCAAGCAGCGUGAACGCAGCAAGCGCAAGAAGAAGGAAGGCGCGAACGCCGGCGAUGAGGACUCGGAGGAGGACGAGGCGGCCGACAAGCCCGGCAAGGCCUCGUACAGCAACGCCUUCGACAAGGCAGUCUACGACUCGGACCUUUCCGACUCGGACGACGACGCCAGCGAGAUCGAGGUCGACGAGCAAGGCGGCACACACACCCGCGGUCGCAAGGGCGGCCGCAAAUCCAAGCAGAGUGAGCAGUACAUCCGCGAGCUCUCGCCGGAGGACAACCCGCUCGAUCUCCUGGCCCCCGACGCCCUGGCCAACAUCUCCACCACCAAGCCCAGCGUCCGCUUCCUCAACACCGGCCCGGGCUCCCGCAAACAGCGCGCCGCCAAGUUCGGACCUGACGGCCGUCUCCUCCUCGGCAAUGACGACAAGAACGACGAUGUCGACAUGUCCGGCGGGGACGCGGCCGCCGGCACCGGCGAGAGCGGCAUCAACGCCUACCUCGCCGCCGUCAGCGGGCCUGACGCUAUCCGCCGUGGCCAAAAGGGCCGUCUCAAGAUGUCCCAGGCCCAGAAGAAGAAGGGAAGCCGGAAUGGCGACGGCAUGGACCUCGACGAUAACGACGACGGCGAGGCCCCCGCUGCUGCCUCUGCUUCCAAGGGCCCGCACUCCGCCCGUCGCGGACUCGGCGUGCCCAAGUCCCACGGCCCCAGCGGCAACAACGGCAUCCAGAAGCGAAGAAACCCCCAGCAGGGAGGACGCGGAGGACGUGGAGGCCGUGGAGGACGCGGUGGAUUCAGAGCGGGAAACAGACGGUAA